UCGACCAAGUAUUUAUGAAAUCGAAAUUGUCGUCUUAAGCUUCUUCUUCUUCUUUUGUUUUUUUCUCUUUUUUUUUGUGCUUCGAUUUAGAUGAUGCUAAGAUUCGCAAUAUUUGAUUCUUAUUCACUUGCUUUGCAACCAAGGAUGGAAUGAUCGAUCUCUGGUUUGUUUAUGAUGGUCAGAUUGUUAUGUUUUUAUUAUUUAUUUCGAUAAUAGCCUGGUUGUCUCCGUUGCCUUCGCUAUUUAAGUUUGGGAUUGUGCUCUCUUGGGUGGCUGAGAAAAUUGGGAAUUGGAAGGAAGUUAAUUUUUUACUAAUCAAUGAGGAGUGCAUCUUUUACUAAUCAAAUUUGCAUUUUCUCUGCUCUUUUUUUUUUUUUUUUUUUUUUUUCCAGCCAAAAUAAACACUAGGCUUAUGUUAUAUUGGCAUGUAUGGAAUCACAUGUACUAAAGCUAGCAUAUUAAGAAUUUUUAUGUUUGAUACUAUUCAUCUAAAAAGCAUAAUUGAUUGACUGAUAUGGUGCAAUGGCAGACUCAGAGAAAAUGAUGCGGCUGCGUACAUAUGCGAGCCUUAGUUUGGUUGCAACUAUAGCAGUUAUUUAUCAUGCGUUCAACAGUAGAGGCCAGUUUUAUCCAGCUAUGGUUUAUUUAUCGACCUCUAAGAUCAAUUUGGUGCUGCUUCUUAACAUGGGUCUAGUCAUUAUGUGCAUUUUGUGGCAAUUAACUAAACGGGUAUUCCUUGGUUCCCUCCGAGAAGCUGAGGUUGAAAGGUUGAAUGAGCAGUCAUGGAGAGAAGUUAUGGAAAUCCUCUUUGCUAUCACUAUUUUCAGGCAGGACUUCUCAGUGACAUUCCUUGCUAUGGUCACGGCUUUAUUGUUAAUCAAGGCAUUGCAUUGGUUAGCUCAAAAGAGGGUUGAGUACAUUGAGACAACCCCAUCGGUGCCAUUGAUGUCUCACAUCCGGAUAGUUUCAUUUCUGGGUUUCCUUCUUCUUCUAGACAGUCUGUUUUUGUACAGUUCUAUUAAGUAUUUGAUAGAAACACGUCAGGCUUCUGUUUCUCUCUUCUUCUCCUUUGAGUAUAUGAUACUAGCAACAACAACUGUCUCUACUUUUGUAAAAUACGUUUUCUAUGUGAGUGACAUGCUAAUGGAAGGACAAUGGGAAAAAAAGGCUGUCUACACCUUCUACUUGGAACUUAUUCGAGAUUUGCUUCACUUGUCAAUGUAUCUCUGCUUCUUCCUUGUGAUUUUCAUGAACUAUGGUGUACCUUUGCACCUAAUAAGGGAGCUUUAUGAGACAUUCAGGAACUUCAAAAUUCGUGUUGCUGAUUUCAUUCGUUACCGGAAGAUAACUUCAAAUAUGAAUGAUCAGUUUCCAGAUGCAACACCUGAAGAGCUCAAUGCAAGUGAUGCAACCUGUAUUAUUUGUCGUGAAGAGAUGACCACAGCCAAAAAAUUAAUCUGUGGACAUCUAUUUCAUGUUCAUUGUCUCCGUUCAUGGUUGGAGAGGCAACAUACUUGUCCUACAUGCAGAGCCCCAGUUGAACCACCUGACAAUGGUGCAAGUUCAGCUGGAGGGCAACAUGGAUCACAAUCAGAUACUCGUCGGCAGGGGACAGGCACCACAAGUUCAGGACCACAGGGCUCAGUUGGCAGUGUGCCUGAUGAUAAUUUGGGUGAGCAUCAGGCCAGGCUCCAAGCUGCUGCUGCUGCUGCAUCUGUAUAUGAGAAAUCUUUUGUUUAUCCUUCUGCUAACAGUCUAGUGUGGUCUCCUGGGUAUGUAUUGCUCCCUCAAGCUCAAAGGCCUUUGGCUGAUGCUGCUAAUGGAGAGCCAAGCAGAGAACAGGCUUUCAUAGGACAAUCACAGUGGAAAUCUGAAUUCCAUGCUGGGCCUUCAAACUUGUCCCUGCCACAAUUUCCCCACUAUGUAUUUGUACCAGUUCUGGUACCUGGUGCCAAUGCAAAUUAUGGAGAUAUGUUGGGCAGUAUCCCAAACUCCGAGUUGGAAGCUCAGAAAAAGUUUCUCCAACAGCAGAUUGAGGUCCUGCAAAGGCAGCUCCAACUUCUACACCAGCCAAAAGCUAAGGAAAGUGUGCAUACGGAUCCAACACCAUCAUCAGAAAGCAAAGGCAAGACAGUCGCAUCAUCAUCUUCAACCCCAUCAGACUUGAGUCAUCAUGGAGAUAGUGAUGUGUAGUCCAUGAGCAAAUUGUAGCGGUAUCAGGUAACUAAAGAGUCUUGUUUGUAUAGACCAAAAGAAGAAUUAGAGAAUAUCCUAGCAAUGGUUUACAAAUGUAGUUCUCUCCCCAGGGUGCUGUGUCAUCUUUUUGUUUUUCGUCAAGUUAUUCUUCUUCACUCCUGUAACGUUUUUGAAUGAAAAAAAGGGAGAUCUUUGCAGAUA